UUUGCAGGCUGAAAUAUCGCCAUUGCGUAAAGCGGAAAUAUCACAGUUACCAGCUGCAGUUAAAGCUGACAAUGCAAAACGAAAUGCGCUUCCUCCUGGGUUGCGGUUCGAUCACGAACUCGAAAUGGUGCUGCCUGAAGGAGCGGACGAAGGCGAGGGCACGAAAGGAACGCAGACAAAACGAACAAAAAUAUAUUCCGGAUAUUGCUUGCGUCCGUUUCCUGCUGCUCGUGGCAACUACGCAGUGGAUUAUUCCAGAAAAACGAAUGUGAAGUUGCGAAAAGAGAGUUCGUCU